AUGGCCGAUGAAAAGAGACAAAAUCCCUUCGAGGAACUGGGACACUAUGAUGAGAGAGAGGUCUCAGAUCACCCUCCAGCGUACACAGAAGGGCCCUUAACAGACACAGCAGGGCCCUCAACAGACACAGCAGGGCCCUCAACAUACACAGCAGGGCCCUCAACAUACACAGCAGGGCCCUCAACAGACACAGCAGGACCCUCGACACAACCAAGCCGAUCACCACCAGUGCAAGAAAAUCCCUCUCAAACAAGCCACAAACCAAUCGCAAUUCCAGCCCUCACCUCCUCCUCUGAUUCUCCAUUCAUACGCGCAUAUCCACCCAUCCUAAAAAACUACCAACUCCCCAAGGAAUCCUUCUUCAACUUCCUUGACCAACUGAACAAAGACAUAGCCGCCAGUCCGCCCCUCCAAGUCCUUGACGCGACAGGCGGGAUCCUGAAGUCCAUCCCGAUCCUAUUACCAUUGCACUGGAUUGGGAAUGCCGUCAGCGGACUCGCGAACCUGAGCAGCCUAGGCAUGUCCAAGAGCCGGACGGACUCCUCUAUCAAACGAGCGAAUAGGGACAUCUUUGGUCCGCGUGGCUUGAGAGUUGAAAUUGCGAAACUGGAUGCGCUAGCACAUGUCGCGAAUUUCCCUAUAUUGGAUUCUCAGGGCAAGAUCAAUCGACAGGCGCCUCUGUUUCAACAACUCCAGUACGAGGCUUCCGUGGCCAGCGCCGGGACCGAUGAAAGGCAGCAGCAGGAGCUUAAUUUGCAUCAAAGGAUUAGAACUUUACAGCCCUGGAUUGCUGAGCUUGAAUUUGAUGUUUUGCCUUGGUCUUCCAAGUCUAAGUUGACGCGGUUCAAUGCCUCGUUGAAGAAGUAUAAUGAGGCAGCUGAUGAGGAAAGGGCAGGCAUGGGUAAGAGACGCAUGAGCAGGCGAGAUCAGGAGAGGAGAGGCAUGGGCAAGCGAAUCGAUUUUUACGCUCAAGAGACCGAACAGGAAGAAGCUCCUUUUAAGAAGGCUCUUUGGCUUGUUAUUCGGGAGGUUGAGACGGAUGAAAGGCGUUAA